CCGGGUGACCCUGAGCGCCGAGGGUGGGGACCUGGAAGCCGUCACGGAAGCGGCCGCAGAGGCUUCUGGGGAGUCUUUCAAGCGAAGAGGCAGAGGGAACAGAGAUUUCAUUCGGGAACCACUACCUGUUUAUGGCCUCCUGGCAGAAUUUCAAGGCGAACACUGGGCUGACUCCAUGAUGUUGCCUGAUUCUUCUGCCUGGAGAGAGCAGGACUGGGAGGAGAUGUUGCCUUUGGAGAACAGGGAAGUUACGGAAACUGUGAAGACACCGACUCAGAAUCACAAGGCAAAAGGUUUGCCUUCUCACAAGACUGACUGGCUUCAAGAAAAGAAGGGAAAAGUCCAAAAUACUGCAGAACCAAAGCCAGAGAUCUACCCCUGUUCUUCCUGCCUUCUGGCCUUUUUCUGUCAGCAGUUCCUCAGCUAACACACGCUGCAGAUCUUCCCGGGUGUGUGUGUAGAAAAUCACUUCCACCUGGGGGAUUCUGGCCUGGGGCAUCGGGGGCAGCAGUAUUCUGCUCACAGCUGCUGGAGGGAAAACACAGAAGGCCAAGAGAGGAAAGGUGACUCCAGACCCUGGUGCUUGAGGACAGAGGAGAGACGGCCCUUCCGUGCAUUGCCCAGCCCACCCUGAGAACAGUCAGCAAGUCCUGGAGAAGGCAGCGCAGUGGUAGAAAUAGACGCCAGCGCAGCCCAAAGGGUAAACCCUGUGCAAGCAGACAAAGAAAUAAAGGAAUUAGAAACCUCAAGCUCUGGAGCAGUCAACUGUCAAGAAUGUGAACUAGACUGUAGCCCCAAAUCAAACUGCAUUACAAACCAGACCAUCCUCUUAGGGGAGAAGCCCUAUGUCUGCAGGGAGUGUGGGCGAGGCUUUAAAGAUAAGUCGAACCUCAUCCGACACCAUUGGACACACUCAAUGGAGAAGCCUUAUGUGUAUAGUGAGUGUGGCCGAGGUUUCAGCCAGGUGUCAACCCUUAUUAAUCACCGGAGGACACAUUCAGUGAAGAAGCCUUACAUGUGCAAGGAGUGUGGGCGGGGCUUUAGCCAGAAAUCACUCCUCCUUGUAUACCAGAGGACACACUCAGGGGAGAAGUAUUAUGUUUGCAGGGAGUGUGGGCGAGGCUUUAGCAACAAGUCAAGUCUCAUAAGACACCAGAGGACACACUGAGAGGAGAAGUCUUGUGUAUGCAGGGGUCCUGGGCAGGACUUUAGCAAUUAGUCGAAUCUCUUCUUACACCAGAGAGACAUGUGGGGAGUAGUCUGUAUGUGUGUGUGGGCUGUGAAUGAAGCUUCAGAGGUGUGUUGACCCUCAUCGGGCAGUGAGGCACAUUCAGGGCAGGAGCCUUAUGCGUGCAGAGUGUGGGUAGCUGUCAACCCUCAGUGCACAAAGAGGAUGCGCUUAGGUGGGAAGUGUGUGUGCGGGGACUGUGGGGAAGCUUUAGCCAUAAGUCAGCAUUUAUGGAACAUCCAGUGGCCGACUCAGGAGAAGCGUCGUGUGUUCAGGGAGUGCUGACAGGCUUUGGGAAAAGAACCGACAGGAGGGCUCCAGAUGGCUCACUCAGGGAGGAGCUGUGUGUUUGCAGGGAGUGUGGGCAAGGCUCUUGUGAUCAGUCAGCUUUCUUCACACACUGUAGGGAGAAUCCUUA